UCUUACCAACAGACGAGACAGAAUGAAAUUACUGUCCCAACCCACGGACUCAAAAUCCAAACAGAAGUACAAUAAGUGAAAUUUUUGGAUAACUCUUUCUUCUUGACAUGGAAACUGACAUGCCAUUUGAAAUUAUCAAACAAAAUAAAAUAAAAUAUGAAGUAAUAAGGAAGGGAAUUUUCUUCUUUUCUUAAUAGAGUACCAGACUUAUCUCACGGCUAUAUGACCAAAGAUCAGGUAGUGAAGGAUUAUAAUCAUUUGGUAGAGUAUGAAACUUGGUCACCAGCAGCAGCACACCAAAACACAAAAUCUGGUUAAUGGUCAAAUGUGUUUUUUUACAAGGCAAAGUAUUAGUGAUUUGUUAAGGGAUAAAGAUUAGUUAGUAGCACAUAUUCAGUCUUAAACUCUCUACAUAAUAAUCUUUCCAUUUUCCAUUCCUUAUGACGUUACUCCUUCAGAAAUUUUCCACAUAAUAAUAAUAAUAAUACUUUUUCCACCUUUUUAAAUAGUACGUUUUAUUCCUCUCUGAAAUUUGUUGGAGCGUGUAAUGCCUUUUUUAGAGGGUGUAAUACCUUUGUGGUAGAAUUAUGGGGCUGUUCAAAGGUGUAAAUAUUGCUUGUAAUAAAGGAUUUCAAGUUAUGACUUUGUGUUCAUUCAGAAGCGGUGUUGAAGAGUUUGAAUAACAUUACCCCUAGUUGUAUGGUGGGUUUGUAGACAGAUCAAUAAAGUUCAGAAGCUUUAAAAGUUGAAUCAGAGGGUUAAAGUUGCAGACCUGUUGACAUUACAGGGAAACAAUUGGGAUGCUGGUCAAAUUAAUGCCAUAUUUCCCUCAAAUGUUGCUAAGAAUAUAUUUGUGGUUCCUUUGUUUGAUAUUCAGGGACCAGGUGUGUUGAUUUGGAAAGGGGAUAUGAAUGGAUUAUAUAGUGUGAAGUCAGGUUACAAUAUGGGGUUGAAUAUGAAGCAAGGGACAGAUGAUAACAAUGGAGGUCAUGACUGGUUUUGUGUGUGGAAUGCGCAUGUUCCGCCGAAGUGUGAUACGAGUAUUCAGAGUUGGCAAACAGCAGGAUUAUGGCCUCAAGUUCGGGACAGAGUGCAAAGAAUGAAUUCAGUAGCAGAAGUGGUGCUAGAUAUAUGCUCGCGAGAAGUCGAGGCUGUGGUGAACCGAUUUAUGAUGAUUGUGUGGGGACUGUGGCAUAACAGGAAUGAAUGGAUAUGGAAUCAAAAGCAAAUGAACCCGGACCAGAUUAAUCAUUGGGCACAAGCACGGUGGUCCGAAUGGAAUGCAGCACAACAUCGGGUUACAGCAGAUGCUACCGAAGGUUCUGCUGUUCAGAGGCGAUGGGUUAAACCAAAUACCGGAGAAUUAAAAUGUAAUGUUGAUGCGGCUUGUCAUCGUUCAAUCGACAAGACUAGCUAUGGAUGUUGUUUAAGAGAUUCAAAUGGUGAUUUCAUUCAAGCUUUGUCAGGUUGGUGCAAUCCUGAGUUAUCAGUAUGUGAGGGGGAGGCACUAGGAAUGUGGCAAGCCAUGUCAUGGGUUCAGAAUUUGGGUUUGAGUAAAGUGAUAUUUGAAAGUGACUCCAAGACCUUAGUUGAUGCAGUUAACUCCAAAUCUGUAGGUGGUUCAGAAUUUCAUGCUUUAGUCUCUUUAGAAUUUUGCUUAGUUUAAAUAACAAUUUGAGGUUAAGUUUAUUCUCCGGCAAGCGAAUAUGGUCGUCCAGUUUAGCAAAAGCGGCCAUUUCUAAUGA